AUGGACGAGGAUGAGGAGGACGACGAGGAAGGCGUGGACGAGGACGACGAGGAAGGCGUGGACGAGGAUGACAAGGACGACGAGGAAGGCGUGGACGAGGAUGACGAGGAAGGCGUGGACGAGGAUGACAAGGACAACGAGGAAGGCGUGGACGAGGAUGACGAGGACGAGGAGGAGGGAGAUGAUGAGGACGACGGGGAGGCUGGUGACGAGGAAGACGAGGCGGAGUUUUAUCUCGGUGAGUCGGCCUUGAUGGCGGAGCAGACCGCUAUCCUGGAGUCCAUCCAAGAUGAGGCGUAUGUGGAGUCCAACCGGCGCUUCCUCCGGGAAGAACAGGCGAAGACCGAUGUGCUCUUCGAUGAGCUGGAUGUGGAGCAGGAGGCGGAGGCCAAUGACGUCGAUGUCAGAAUGGAGAUAGUGGACAUCUCUGACAACGGGGAGUAG